AUGGCUCCCAAGCCUCUUGUGAGCCGUGUCGCAAGAGCAAGACACGGUGCGACCAUCAAAAGCCCACCUGCGGUUCUUGCCAACGCCGAGGACUCGAGACGUGGUGCUGGUACCAUCCUGCGCCUCUCACAAAGCCCCGGGGUUGUCAGCGACGACGAUUCUAUUCUGGAAAGCCGCAAUACCACAGCUUGUAUACAAGCAAAAACAGCGCCCAGGUUCCAAACAUGGCCAUUUAUCAUGGGCGACCGUAAAAGCACGUCGCAGGCUUCCAUGAUAAAGACUGAUGAUAGGCCUGCGUUUUUCGAACAUAUAACAACUGCAGGAGAGAUCCUCUCCUUGUUGGAAUCCCUCGUUGAUAUUGAACACCUGAUAGACGAGUACUUUUCUUUCAGCCAAACCGCGCUUGUGCCAGAGCAACUCAUCCUUGGCCUCAUUACAGCAAUUCGAAACAGCUCGACAUUUGCAAAUCGCAGUAGCGACCUGGGGUUUUAUGAGGCUGUACUAAAGUCAUCUGCGUCUGACGUUACCAUAGCACCAAACUUAGAUGUCGAGGGAUUCUGCACCUUAUUCUCCGGUGAUAAAUUGUGUGUUGAAGCUGUUGGUUUUCUAUGCAGCCUUUCAGCGCGUUCCGCCCUAUAUCGGCUCGCCCGCGGUACACAAGUAAAGGAUGACUUCAUUCAGAAACUUGUUCGCUGCAGCAAUUUAAGCUUGCGACUAGCUCGAGACCUCGCAACACAGCCAAAUGAUGUCAUCAUUUGGCUUGGUUAUGACAAUUUGCAGCUUAUGACGCUUAUUGAAGGGGAAGCAAGCUUGGAUGUCUGGCGAAGAAUGGGCGAACUGGCAACAGACAUAUUCGCCUUGGGGCUCCAUCGUGAAGCAACAUAUUCUAGUGAAACAACACCAUUCUUUCUGAUAGAAUGCCGAAGGAGGAUAUUUGCAACUGCUUACCAUAUAGAUAAGGUCUUCUCAACUGUCUUUGACCGACCGCCUCGGAUAUCUAGGCGGCAUAUUGACUGCAAGCCACCCCUCGAUAUUUCGGACGAAGCUCUUUUUGCGCCGGCUAUCCUCGCGCAAGAGCAACGAAAAUUGACAGAGGAUGGCUGGAAUCUUAAGGGCUAUAGAAGCACAUCUUGGGCUCGUAUACGCUACAUGCUUGGAGAGUUCCGGGAAAAAGUCGAAGAAUACCAACCUCGAUCACGCCAGACUACUACUGAGGCCGAAUUAAGGAACCUUUCUGAUCUUUGUCAUACAACUUGGAAUUCCUUACCGUCCCACCUCAGAUAUAGCCAGGACAAUUUGCCACCGAACGGCUCUUCAGCGGUGUGUCUUAUGCUUGCAAAAGUAUACCUGACCUACCUUUACAUUGAUUUCCAAAUCUACCGCAUAAUCGACAAAAAUAUCCGGUCAAAUCCUCCAGAGAUCUUCCAAGUAUCAUGGACGAUGCUUGAGACUGUUUUACACAUGGCAAGCAUGCGCAACAGCGCUGGGUUCACCCCACGUGAUCUUCCCGGUAUUUUUCUGUCAUAUGGGUUGUGCUGCGCUGCGGUACUCACAGAAUUAUUACAAGCUGUUUCUUCCGACCCGACUCAAAGCUUACCGUCAGGUUCAAAUAGGCCGCUCCUGAUACGGCGCCUAGCUGUUUUUAUAUCUCAACUCGAGACUGUGUGCAGUCCCAGUGACAUCAACUACAAGUUCUGCAGAGAAGCCGCAACAGUCUUUUCACGCAAGCUUGACUAUAUUCUAGAAGGACCUGCACCUCCUGUGACCACAGUACCUGCAGACAUUUCUAGAGAUUUAAGCACAAGUCCUAAUUUAGCUGCCACAAAUUUUUUCGGGGUUGAUUGUUACAAGACCGCUGUUAUCCUAGGAUUGCUCCCGCGGUUGCUGUCCGCCAGCGUUGUCUGCAACUUUUCUGUGGCAGCCUCCAGCAGAGACACCUGCGAGUCCUUCGCUUCAACCUGGGGACAGACCAUUGACAGACUUAAGGUGUUGAAUCCUGGUACUUCCUGUCCUAACCUCACGGCUGGACAGAGCUAUUGCGUGAUCGGCACCGUCACGGACGACCCGCAGCCUUCGAGCACGACGGCUUCCACUACGUCGAAGUCCACGACUACCACCUCCUCGCCUGAACCCGGCCAACUCAGCCUGGCUUACAGUCGAACUGCGACAAGUUCCACUUCGUUGCCUCCGGCGACCAGUGCGAUACCAUUGGACCCUAGUACGGCAUCGCAGACGCGCAAUUAA